GACAACGCUAGCCCUCCCUCCCGGAGUCCAUGUGUCGUGCCUCUCCCGGUCCCACCUUACUGCUGGGUAUGAAGAGGUUGUCUGUGCUGCUGGUGGACUUCAGGAAAACAACGGGGCUGAGUGGAACUGUGAGAGGAGGAGAAGAGAUGAAAGGAUCAGAUUUGACUCAUCAAAGAGAAAGACCAGACUCAGAGGAACCAGAGCCAGGGAUGUCCAAACCAGCAAGAAGACACCAGUGCUCUGACUGUGGAAAGGGUUGUAACAGGUUAGGGGCCCUGAAACAACAUGAGAGAAUACACACAGGGGAGACGCCUUACCACUGCUCCCACUGUGGCAAGUGUUUUAAGCAGUUAGGGAAUCUGAAAGGCCACGAAAGAAUACACACAGGGGAGAAGCCUUACCACUGGUCCCAGUGUGGCAAGUGUUUCAACCAUUCAGGGAAUCUGAAAGACCACGAAAGAAUACACACAGGGGAGAAGCCUUACCACUGCUCCCGGUGUGGAAAGUGUUUUAAGCGGUUAGGGAGCCUGCAAAGACACGGGCUAGUACACACAGGGAAGAAGCCUUACCACUGCUCCCAGUGUGGAAGGAGUUUUUACCAUAAAAACAGCCUGAACCAACAUGAGAAAAUACACAGAUGCAUUACUACUCCUCCCGGAGUGCAAAGCUUUUGCCCAUUUAGGAAGCCUGAAAGAACAUAACACAGAGGAGAAGGCUUACAAAAGCUUAGACUUUGGGAAAACAUAUUACUCAUAAUCACUUAACGUCAUUAGAGAAUCCACACAGGAGAGAUAAAUUACUUCUCUUAGCGUGUAUAUUGAUAUUUCACAUCUCAUUUUUCUUACAAUUCAUCAGCGAACAUACACAGUGCUCCCGUUGUCUUAUAUUGUUGCCGUAUAAUGUGUUUACCUGUUUUUACCAGAUGAAAUUGCUUCUUCCAAUUAUUGAUAAACAUGUACCUGUUAAGAAACUGACUGUUGGAACUGUUAAGGCUCCAUGGAUUGAUAAGGAAUUUAAAAACUGUAUGUUUGAAAGAGUUGGGGCAAAAGGAGUGGCUAAUAAGUCUGGCUGGCUUACAUACUGCAAAUUGAGAAAUUAUGUGACCAAACUCAACAAACAUAAUCAACUUUAUUAUGAAGCCAAGAUCAAUGAUAUAAAGAAUGAUGGAAAAAAACAUAAUGAAAGAAAAGCAGUGCAAGUUUUGAAUUUUGUAAAG